AUGGAUGAGCAGCGUGUUUCUUCUCCUCUACCUCUUCCUCUUCCUCCUCCUCUUGACCCUCGUCCUCCCCUCAUGCCGCCGGUAAGGUUGCUGAAAGGGCAGUUCCCUCACGUGAAAGCAGAGGAGGGCAUGUGGCUUCGCGUAUGUCAUAAGGUAUUUUUAAAGGUUUCUCCAAUGAAGGAGGUUAAAAGGUUCGAAAUUAAAGGUAAGUUAAGUCUCAAGUUUAUCGGACCAUUUGAGAUUUUGCGCAGAAUUGGGAAGGUAGCAUAUGAAUCAGCCUUGCCUACGGAGUUGGAUCGUGUGCAUAAUGUAUUUCAUGUGUCUCAGCUACGCAAGUAUGUGAAUGAUCCGUCCCAUGUCUUAAGCUACGAGCCAUUGCAAGUUGAUGAAACGUUGAGCUGCGAGGAAAAACCACUAAGGAUACUUGAUAUCAAGUUAAGGAGUUGA